GAAGAGGAGGAUGGGGGGGAGGAGGAAGAGGAGGAGAUGGAGGAAGAGGAAGAAAUUGGGGAGGAAGAGGAGAUAGGAAUCGGUUUUUAGAUCAUAGUACAGCAAGCCUUAAUUCUGAGUUGCUCGAUAGUAUGAAACCAAUUCAAUGUAAUAAGAAGAGACAAAGAAAUCGAAGAGGUUGUGAUAUAGGAAUGAAUGCAGAUUCUAAAAAUACUACGUCUUUAAAAACAAAUAUUAAAUUUGAGAGACCUAGAAUGGAGUUAGGGAAUCCAGAUUUGGGUAAUAGUAGCAGUAGCAUUUAUUCUAAUGCCUCAGAUUAUUACACAGGAAGUAGCCAUCACACCAUUUCUUUUGAAAGUGGUAGGCAACAAUUACCAUAUGGGGCUACUUUGAUUCCUGAAAAUUUAAUAGGCAGUAAUGUACAAAUAAAUGAGAUGGAUAAAAAAGGAGAUUUAGGUGGUUGCAGUUCAUUUACUGGUAACAAAAAAAGGAAUAAAAAUGAACGAAAAACUAAAAACAAACAGCAUGAGGAAAACUUAUAUGGCCAUAAUGAUAAUCCUAGAGAGGUGGUUACAUUAGACCAAUUGGAGGCUCUAGUAAGCAUGGAUCCAGAAGAAGUUGUGGAAAUCUUGUCUGACGGAACUUACUGUUCAAAAAUUGUAUUUGAUAGUUCAAAUAAGAACCUAUAUUUAAUUAUACUUAAGAUACUUACCAAAGUUUGUAUUGCAGAAUCUAGCGGUGCCAAAGCAGAUGUAUUGCGGCAAGUAAGUCUUCCAACAUUCUUGGAUGAAAUAUAUAAUUUUGUAAGUGAGCUUCCUUACAUUGAAGAUGAUAUUGAACAUGAUCUGAAUGCUUUUUAUAGCAAUGUAAUCACAUUAUAUGAUACUUUACAAGAUUUUAUGCCGAGUGCAGCAGGUGUAUGGUGUAAUCAUUUACAUGAAGUUCAAAAAUCAAUGAAGAUGGUCACAAAAAACCGUAACGUACAUCUAGAUUCAAAUUUAUCUCUAGUAGUGGAGUCUUUGUUGCUAGAUUUAGGUAGCAGUACAGAAAUUCCAAAGCAAGAAAAUAAUGUGAAAGCAAGAUCUGAAAAAAAGGAAAAAUAUUUUCCUGAACCAGUUGGAGACUUCAGAACAGUAUCUUUAUUCCCAAGGCCUGAAGACAUAUAUUCAGAACAACCAUUUUUAUAUCCAAAUGUGAUCAAGGGACCUUACGGUAGUGUAGAGCAUUACUUGGACACUCAUUUCAAAUUGUUGCGAGAGGAUUUUAUGAGUCCCAUCAGACAAGCCAUCAGGGAUUACAAAAAGCAGCAGAACUCAAAAGAAAAAUUCAAGAGAAUAGAGAAUGUUAGAAUAUAUAGAAAAGUAAAAUUUCUACAUUCCAAAACCAUAAAUGAUAAAGUUGGUUAUGAGAUAUGUUUUGAUGUUGAUAAGAAAAUCAACCGAGUCAAUUGGGAAUUUUCCAACAGGUUUAUGUAUGGCUCUCUUUUGUUAUUCACAAAUGAUCACUUUGACACAUUUUUCCUAGCAACUGUUGCUUUUAGGAGUGUAAAGGAAUUGGAGAACAAGCGUGUGGUUAUAGAGCUUCAAGGAGCAACACAAAAUGCAAAAUCUAUCUUGGGUAAGGAAUUUGUGAUGGCAGAGAGUGAGGCUUACUUUGAACCUUACUUUCAUGUACUAAAAGCUCUACAAACAUUUAGUGAAACAAACUUUCCACUCUCAAAAUACAUUGUUGAUAUGGAUACUGAAACGGAACCUCCAAAGUAUUUAGCUCUUCCAGACGUUUAUAACAUCAAAAUGGCAAACAACCAUUUUGCUUUCAGAGUGUUAAGUGAUUUGGAAUGGCCAACACAUGAGGAUUUGGGCUUAGACCCUUCCCAAUAUAAAGCAUACAAAUCUGCACUUACAAAUGACCUUGUAGUCAUACAAGGUCCACCAGGUACGGGAAAAACAUUUCUUGGGCUGCAAAUUGCCAAGAGCUUGCUCCAAAAUGUCAGUAUCUGGAAUAGGACUAACUGUCCCAUUUUGGUGGUCUGCUUUACAAAUCACGCUUUAGACCAAUUUUUAGCAGGUCUUUUGCCUGUUACUUCUAAGUUAGUUAGAAUUGGAGGAAAGAGUAAAGGAAAUGAGCUGGAUAAGUUUAAUAUCAGAGAAAGAAGGAAAGAGUACAGCUAUUACAAGAAAAACCAAACUCGAGAAAUUAGAGAUUUGUACUUGAAAAUGAAUACCGUUUUUGCAGAAAUUAAAACUCAUCAAACUAAUAUUCAAUUGUUGGAUGACACAGAAGGAGUAUUGUCUGUAAAAACAUUAAACUUGGUCAUGGCAGAUAACCAGCGAGGAUAUUUUAGAGAUGAUGAUCAUUUUAUGGAUUGGCUGUUAGCCGGUGUAGGCAGUGCUAACAAGACUAAGGAAGUGAAAAUCACAAUUACAGCAGAUCGAGGAGUUGUACAAGAAGUGCCACGUGUGGAUCCUCUGAUUGCAGAAGCUGAAGAUCAGCGUGUGAAACAAGUUUUCUUCGAUACUAUUAAUUUGGAUUCUGCUAUUCCUCCUCCAGAGAAUACAGUUAGAGUACAGUUUGCCUGUAAUCUUAUUAGUGUAGAGUCAAAAAUUGAAGAAAUAUUGAAAGACCUCAACAGUAAAGGUAAUCAAAGGAGAGAUAGGAUGAUGCAUCUUAAGUUCAUGAGUGAUAACUUGAUUUUAAUACUGAGACAUUUGAGGAACGAGUUCUUACAUAGAAAAUUACCUCGUUCCGAGGCUGAAAAAGAAGCUCUUUUGAGUGCACAAUUCCUUGAUGGUAUUCAGCCUGAUAACAGAUGGAAAUUGUACCACACUUGGGUGGACAACCUCAGGAGUGGACUUAUUGUUGAGUUAGCUACUAAGGAAGCUUUGUUCAAAGAGUAUGCAUUCAAGUAUGAGCUACUAAGACAAAAUGAUGAUUUACAAAUCUUAAAAGCUAGCCAUGUUGUUGGAACUACAACAACAAUAGCUGCAAAACUGCAGCCGAUGUUCACAGCUUUAGCACCAAAAAUCGUUAUUGUGGAGGAGGCUGCAGAAGUGUUGGAGGCUCAUAUCAUUGCCUCAUUGACACAGAGCUGUGAACAUCUGAUAAUGAUAGGUGAUCAUAAGCAAUUACGCCCAAACGUAGCUGAAUUACGCUUGGCUCGCCAGUACCAGCUGGAUGUCUCACUGUUCGAGAGAAUGGUUUCGAAUGGCAUGGCCUGUCAUACACUUACACUCCAACACCGCAUGAGACCAGAAAUAUCCAAACAGUUGGUACCAACUAUCUAUCCAGAAUUACUUGAUCAUGAAUCCGUGAAAAAUCGUGACCGGAUAAAAGGAAUGGAUAAGAACAUGUUCUUUAUGACUCACAACCACUUUGAGGAUGAGGUAACAGAGAUUACUAGCAAGCGUAAUGAUUUUGAAGCAGAAUUGAUGCUAAGACUUGCGAAAUACCUGGUUCAGCAAGGCUACAAACCCGAUGAGAUCACGAUUUUGGUAACUUACAAAGGACAGAUGUACCAUAUGAAGAAUGAAAUCAAGAAGUUGAAUGACUUCCCAAAGGGUAUCCAGAUUACUGUUGUAGAUAACUUCCAAGGUGAACAGAACAGGAUAAUCUUGUUAUCUCUGGUGAGGAGCAACAAGAUGAAAAAGAUUGGGUUUCUGGAGACAGAAAAUCGAGUGUGUGUGGCACUGUCCCGAGCUAGGGACGGGCUCUAUAUUGUUGGCAACAUGGAGAACCUAACGGCCAGUUCAGACAUUUGGCCUCAGAUCAAGAACAGCUUAGUGCAACAACAAGCAUUUGGGCCAGGAUUCGAUCUACGCUGUGAGGUACACCGGGAUCAGGUGACGAGAGUAACCUGUGCUCAGGACUUCAGCAAAGUGGCAGAGGGGGGCUGCAGUAGGAUUUGUGGCCAGCAAUUGUCCUGUGGUCAUCUGUGUAAGUCCAUGUGUCACGUGGCCCAGGACUACCACAAUCGUUACAAGUGUAAGGCGCCCUGUCCCAAGAUUCUCUGCCAAGAUGGACACCAGUGCCCCAAGAAGUGCCAUCAGGAUUGCGGAGAUUGUGUUGUCCCCAUGAGACGAGUCCUCAUCUGUAAUCACUUUGCCAACGUUCCAUGUUAUAUGGAUAUCAGAAACUUCAAGUGUGAGGAGCUUGUGACGGUCAUGGUAGCUUUGUGUGGACACCAAGUCACUGUCCCUUGUUACACCAGUGAAAACCCCACAUGUAAUAAGGCAUGUGAUAUCAGACUGGAGUGUGGCCACAGUUGUGACAGGACCUGCCACGUAGACGAUGAUCCGGACCAUUUGGAUUAUCCAUGUAUAAAGCCAUGUGCUCGUCUCAACAAAGACUGUUCUGCGGAUCACAAGUGCAAAAUGGCAUGCAUGGAGGAGUGCUUGCCAUGUCCAGUCAAAACAGAGAAACAAUUGCCUUGUGGCCAUCCUGCCAAGGUGCUUUGCAGUACUGACGUGCUCACAGUCCAGUGUAAGCGGAAGUGUGAGCGAACCUUAACUUGUGGUCACCAGUGCUUGGACAAGAAGUGCUGGCAACCAUGUCAACCAUGUAUGACUUUGGUAGAGAAGAGGGUACCCAGUUGUGGACACACUGUAAAGGUUGCGUGUAGCCAGCAGCCCACCCGUCAGCUGUGUGAUGGUGCUUGUAAUGUAAUUCUGAAUUGUGGCCACAAGUGUGCCAAGCGCUGCAAGGAUAUCUGCACAGCAGAAGACUGUGAACAUCCCAAAAAAUUUAAGAUAACCACUCUUCUGUGUGGACACACCACUGCUAGCAUACCCUGCAAUAAGGCUAUUCGAGUCCAUGCUAUGUCCGAAGAGGAACUGAUGCAGUUCUGUGUGGAGCCUUGUGGAAAGAUUCUGACUUGUAAACAUCCCUGCAGUGGCAGUUGCAGCGAAUGUAUGCAGGGUCGCAUCCAUAAAGUAUGUGAUCAACCCUGUGGUAAUGUCCUCAUCUGUGGCCACAGUUGCCCUGUGCCUUGCAGAGAAGUUUGUCCACCUUGUGACCAACCCUGCAAACAUAGAUGCAAACAUUCUAAGUGUGUUAGAAAAUGUGGACAAGUUUGUGUUCCUUGCAAGGAGCCAUGUGACUACAAGUGUUCACACCUCAAGUGCAACAAGCUGUGUGGGGAGCCAUGUGAUCGUGAACCCUGCUAUGAGGCAUGUCCUAUCGUGUUGGCCUGUACACAUCCAUGUGUAGGCUUCUGUGGAGAGCCUUGCCCUCCAUGCAGACAAUGUGAGCCUGAACAUUUCGAGGAAUUCUUCUUCACUGGCGAGGAGACGGAGGAUGAUGCUAAAUGGGUUUUUCUCCAAGACUGUAAACACACACUAGAAACGACUGGUCUUGAGUACUGGCUCAAUAUGGAUCAGGAGGGGAGUGAGAUCGUAGCGAAGACCUGUCCUCGUUGUAAGACGUCCAUUGUUACUACCCAACGCUUCAUGAAUCUCAUCAAAAAGACAUACAGUGAUGUACAGAAAGUGAAGCUAAAAUGCCUUGGAAAGCUGGAUGAAAUCCAAAAGGAAAGAAUCAAGUGUAUUAGAAGAUUACAAGAAAUAACAUUUGUGAAAAUGGCUUUCCCUGUAAAUGAGCCUGACAAUUUGGAGGUUCUACUUGCCAACCUAAACAGUGAACUGCCAGAAGUAAAAAUGAAGAAAAGAAAUGUUUUGAGUUCACAAAAAAGUCAGCUUUUAUGUUUCUUUACUGAGUUUUUCAUUUUAUUGUAUAAAAGAAAAGAAGAAAUUUGGGGAAAACUUAAUAAUGAAGCACAAACUACUUUGACGAAAAAAAUAAACUUUUUGACCAAUCUGUUGAUGAAGAGGAACCAGAAAAUUAAUGAGCAGGAAAUGAAAAGUUUUGAACUGGAAGUAAGAAGAAUUCUCAGGCUUUGUGACUUAAUGAUAUACACGAGUUCUAUUGAGUACCACAUGGCAUCCUCUUACUCAGGGGCAACAGAAACGAGAAGGAUGGCAGAAAGUAUAAUACAUUCUGUAGUCAUCUACAAUGAUGAACUUGAUAACAAAAUGAAAGAACUACUUGCUUCACUCAAAAAGCAGAUAAAAAGUUCUACAGAGAUUUCAAAUGAAGAAAGAGAGAUGAUAAAUAAAGCCAUGAAAUCUAGUUUCAACAGUUCGCAGAAGACAGGGCACUGGUUCAAGUGCAAGAACGGUCAUAUAUACUGUAUUACUGAGUGUGGUGGGGCGAUGCAGGAAGCCAUCUGUCCUGAGAGGGGAUGUGGAGCAGCAAUAGGUGGUCAGAACCAUACAUUACGCCAGGACCAAGUGUUAGCUAAUGAGAUGGAUGGAGCCAGGUAUGCAGCUUGGUCAGAUCAGAAUAAUAUGGCUAAUUUUGGAUUUGGGUUUUAAUAUAGCAAUUUUGUUGCUUGGAUGAAUGAUUUGGAUUUGGAAGCUUGAUUUUUGUUUGUUUAAAUUUAAUGAUAUGCAUCCUAUUGUCUGAAUUUUGUUCAUUAUUUUGGAAGGUUUUAAUUUUAUUUUAGAUGAUAUAAAUAAUAGUUUUUAUGUGUUAGCCUAAUUUUAAAAACUGUAAAUAAUCAGAUAUGUAACAAUGAAUGCAUGUAUUUCAUGAAUUUUUGUAAUUAGUAAGAAUAAUGUUUGUUUAAAUUAUUGAUUAAAAUACCAUUGUUAGACUUAUAUUUGUAUUGGGAGUUUAUUUAUAAAUAAAUAGUAUACUGGUGCUCCCAGUCAGUUUUCUGAUUGUAACAAAUUCAAAGAACACUUGUUUAGUUCAUUCAUAAAUGUACAUAAUUUACAUAGUGAAUGUAUAAUUGCAAAACUGUAAAUUUACAAUAAUUAUCUUAAAUAUCUCCCAUUUUCAUUAAUGUAUUUGCACAGAGUUUGUUUAACUUGAAGCAAACAUUAGUUCCACCUAUACUUUACGUAGAAAGUGAUUAAAUUUGAAAAAAUCUUUGUAGAAAUAGAUAAAAAGUCAUCAUUUUUGUUCUUCCACCAACCUUGUAAAAGAAUAUGCGUUUUUGGUUGUUAGUUUGUGGUCAUGGCUUCUGUGCAAAUUUCAACACAUUGAAUUUCAAAGUUGAAUAAAUAGAAGAUAUAUAGAAAAUAUCACAAAAAUAUCAGUUUCCUCAAAGAAACCAGCUAUAUUGCAAUAAAAAUAUACUAUAUAAAUACACAAUGUUCCUAGUAAACUGAGUUUUGGAACAGCUAGUAUAUUGCUCUUGUUCAUUGGUUUGGGGAUUAGCUAUGAAUGGAUGUUCAAUUAUGGUAGUCACUAUCCCUCCUUUAAUCAACACAGCUUAGUUCAUUAUCAUUAAUAAUUCAUUAUAAAACAAAAAGUAACAUGUGCAAUGUUUUUGUUUUUACAAUACUUUACUAGUCCGUUGUGAUUUAAAUUCCAGAUAAAAAAUAUUUUAAAUUUACAUUUGGACAGCAUAAAUUUAUUAUGAUAUAGUAUGUUUAACUAGUUAAAUAGAAAAAAAUUCCUAUGUAUUUCAAAUUGUUAUACAGUAUUGUUAUAAUGUUGGAUUGGUAAGCAAACUUAGGAGAGAGAGACUUGUUCGUUUUAUCUGUAACCUAAUUCUAUCAUUGUUUUAUUUUUAUAUGUUAAUUACUGAUUUAAAGAUAAACCAAGAUAAGAUAUUGGUUAUAUUGGUUUGGUUUAAGAUAUUUUGUGGUUGUAUAAAUAUUAUGCAAUAAAUGCUGUUUGAUUUAA